AUGAUCAAAAUCAUUGAGCUCUGCAAACAGGAAACCAGAAUCUGGCAAGUUAGUUGGGAAAAACCUCCUCCCAACACUUUGAAACUCAAUACAGAUAGAAGUGCUCUCAACAAUCCAGGCAAGAUAGGGGGAGGGGGAAUUCUGAGAGAUCACACAGGCAGCAUGGUGUAUGCAUUCACUAUCCCUCUUGGAUACGGCACCAACAAUCAAGCAGAAACACUAGCAGCUAUUCAUGGCAUUGAGUGGUGUAUACAACAUGGGUACAGAAGAAUAGCACUUGAAAUCGACUCAGAAUUGCUUACAAGAUGGCUGACACACUCUCUCAAACCCCCCUGGCAGUUGCAGCAAGGUAUUCAGGACCUUAUCAACCUUACCAGGCAAUUGGAAUUCUUCAGUUGUCAGCAUACUUACAGAGAAGCAAACAGUACAACAGAUUUGCUAUCCAAAAUAAGUCAUAAAACUGAUGUGAUUCACACUACUACACCACCCAACAAUUACCAGCAAUCGUCAAAGGAAGUUAUCUUUUAG